AUGUCGUUAAAAAGGAUUUUAGCAUGUCCCAUACUGAGUUGCGUUUUUUGCUUAAUGUUUGCUGAACUUCCUUUAAUUGUUAUUUGUCCUACACUUGAAUAUUUCAAAUUAAAAUAUUUUAAUGAGUUUGACAUUCCGUAUAAUCGAUAUGUUGAAUAUACAGUUACCAUUAUUAAUUUAUCUUUAUCUUCAUUUAGUUUUGCUACCGUAUUAUGGUUAAACAUUCCAAUCGUAUACACGAUUUACACGAUAAACGAAUUAGGGGACAUCCCAUUCUACUGUCCAUCAAAUUAUGAUUAUAAAGAUCCAAAAUUACGAACAGUAUGUCAAGUUCGUUUGGCAAAUUUAAUAUGCAUGUGGUUAAUGUUUUUGGGUAUCUUGGUGACCGGUAUCACCAUGUGCAUUCCAAGGGAGAUUCUAAUCGAUUUGUUCAAUGAUGAUGGCAUUGAUGAAGAGUAUCAAAGGUUCAAUAAUAGGGGAGACGGGUAUCAAAGCAUAAAACAAAAUGAUUCAAGUAAUAGAAAUAUUCUCAUAACCAAACCGGAUGAGCCAAAUAGAUCAUCGGUUGGAAGGACAAAUGCCAAUGGAUCCUCUAAACAACAGGAUAAACGUAAAGGGAGGGAGGAAACCUUUGGAUUUAAUAAUGAUGAAUUACAAAAAUUGGCUGAUGAUUCAAACGAUGACAAUAGACUUAAACACAUUGUUUAA